UUGCAUAGGUCCCCGCAAGCAGUGAUCAAGUUUCCCUUGAGAGAAAGAGAAAAUAUUCCUUUGGAAAAUGGUUCAACAGGAAGUGCGUAAAGGUCCCUGGACAGAACAGGAAGACUUCAAAUUGGUGUCUUUUGUUGGUUUGUUUGGAGACCGUAGAUGGGACUUCAUAGCUAAGGUAUCAGGUUUGAAGGUGGCGGGAGACAGUUUGAAUAGAACAGGUAAAAGUUGCAGGUUAAGGUGGGUUAAUUACCUCCAUCCUGGUCUCAAACGUGGCAAGAUGACACCCCAGGAAGAACGCCUUGUGUUGGACCUUCAUUCCAAAUGGGGAAAUAGGUGGUCAAGAAUUGCACGCAAGUUGCCAGGGCGCACUGACAAUGAGAUCAAGAAUUAUUGGAGAACCCUGAUGAGGAAAAAGGCUCAGGAUGACAAGAAGAGAGGAGAAGCUGCAUCACCAACUCCUUCAAGUGUUGAUUCCUCGAUAUCCUCAAACAACCAUGCAGUGGAUCCACAUGCUUCCAAGAAGGCAGGAGAAGAGAGCUUUUAUGACACAGGAGGACAUGGUAAUGGUAUGAUCACAGGCUCAACCCAACAACAAGAUGAGGGUCAAGGUCAAGGAUUCUCUUUGGAAGAUAUAUGGAAAGACAUUGACAUGUCAGAAGAGGGUUGCAACUUCUCUUGUCCACAAGUUCCUUCUCCAUCAUGGGAGUAUUCUUCCGACUCUCUUUGGGUGGUGGAUGAGGAAAGCUUGUUUUGCCCCUUGAGCGACCCAUAUUUUUCCUGCUAUGCACAAGGCACUGUAUUUUUAACCGGCUAAUAUUCUUUUUCCAAUCAAUAUUUUGUUCAUAGCAUAUGUGUGCCACCUAAAGUCUAACCUGUAUAGCAUUGCAUCUUUAAGCUUUGUGUGAACCAGCUGUAAUAAUCUCAGGCAUAACUGUAGUGAGUAGUCCAUAUGUCAGUGUUCGUUUCAGUGCUUUUACUUUCCAAAAUCAUCCAAUAGGAUAGCGAGUUGGUAUAUUCUGAAUGUAAAAUAUCAAGCACUUGUUUGCAUCUAAGCUUUAAUUUUAAUUUUAAUCUGAUCUACACUUCUACACCAA